AAAUGAUGGACAUAUAGAAGCUAAAUAAGAAAUACUAGUAAGUUAAUGCAGAUCUUACAGUAGAAUGUAGAAAAGAAUUUAUUGAUUAAUGUGAAUUAGAUUAUAAUUGAACUAGGAAAUGAAUUUAUGAUUCAGGUUAAAGUAAUGGCUCGUUUGCGAUCCUUAAAAGGAACCAUUUUGUGCUUAUAAAGCUAUGAAUAUAGUUUCGAUGUAGGAAUGGAUAGGUAGUAAUAACAUAUGGAUGAAUGCAUUAUACGCGUAUAGCUUCUCGUGGUUAGUUGAAUAGUAUGGUGUAAGAAUUCAGGGUACUCUGUAGUUUAAACAGGUCUUAAUAGUUCAUGGACUGGUUUUUUGCAGUUGAAGGAAAUGGAUCUAGAGGAAAUUAAUAUUCAUGAUCAUGGAGAUAAAGUAGUUGAUGAGAAUCAUAAGUCUAAAGUUAAGUGCAAGUACUGUGCUAAAACAGUUAUUGGCUUUUAUAGGCUUAAGUUCCACUUAGCAGGGAUUCGUGGUAAUGUCACUCCUUGCUCGGAGGUUCCUCCGCUUGUGAAACAAGCAUUUUAUGCUCAGAUUAUGGGGAAGAAGAGUUGUCAGUCCUCACAAGAGAUAUCGAAAUCUAUAGGGAGAUUUUUUUAUGAAUCAGGACUUGACUUUGAUGCUAUCAGAUUACCUAGCUUCCAAAUGAUGUUUAAAGCCACUCUUAGUCCAGGGCAGACAGUAAAAUUCCCGAGUUGUCAGGAUUUGAAAGGUUGGAUCCUUCAGGAUGCAGUGCACGAGAUGCAACUGUAUGUGACGGAAAUCAGAAGUUCAUGGCCAAGAACAGGAUGCAGCAUCUUGUUAGAUGGAUGGAUAGACUCAAAUGGUCGAAAUCUGAUUAAUAUCCUAGUGUACUGCCCGAGGGGUACUAUUUAUCUUCGAUCAUCAGAUAUAACAUCUUUCUAUGAAAAUCCUGAUGCCAUGCUAGUGUUUCUCGAGGAGAUUCUGGAGGAAGUUGGAGUUGAAAACGUCGUGCAAAUUAUUGCACACUCCACAUCUCAUUGGAUGAUUGCAGCAGGCGAAAAACUGAUGGACAGUUGCAAAACUGUGUUCUUUAGCAUCGAUGCAUCACGCUGUAUGGGACUGAUGUUACAGAACGUAACACAGAUAGACUGGAUAGGACAAGCUUUGCAAAAGGCGAAAAUGUUGAUUCAAUUCAUCUACAGCCACACCACGACCAUGAAGCUUCUAAGUGAUGUUUUCCCUGGGGUCGAGCUUGUAAAGUCUUCCAAAGUUAAGGCAAUUGUGCCUUUUUUGACUCUGCAAAACAUCGUAUCACAGAAAGACGUGUUAAUUAGGAUGUUUCAGUCGUCUGCUUGGGGGACCUCACAGCUGGCUUCUACGAGUGAGGGGAAGAGAAUAGCUGAAAUGAUUGAAGAUGCAUCAGUUUGGAGUAAUUUUGGGAUGGCUGCAAGAGUAACUAUUCCGCUUGUGGAAGUUAUUAAGUAUCUGAAUGGUACUAAUAAGCCACAAGCUGGUUUUAUAUCUAACAGACUUUAUCAAGCUAAAGAAAUCAUCAAGAUGGAAUUCAGGAGCAGACAACUGUGGCGCCAUGAAGAAACGUGGAACAAGAUAGAAGAGACGUGGAAGAAAUAUCUCCACAGUGAUCUCCAUGGCGCGGGUUACUAUUUGAACCCGUGUUAUUUCUACUCAAGUGAUUGGUUAGGUACUGCGGAGAUCACUUGUGGUCUUUGUAAGACUAUUGAUCGAAUAGCAGGUCAUAUAAAGGGAUUGAUCACACAACAAAUUAAAGAAUUUGAUUUUGAUGGUUCCAGAGAGAUACUACCAGAUAUUUCACCAGCACAAUGGUGGUUGAAGUAUGAAGUUGAGUAUCCAGAGCUUGAAAGGUUUGCUGUUCGGAUCCUUAGUCAGACGUGUGAUGGUGCGUCACAUUACAGGCUGAAAAGGAGGUUGGUCGAGACGUUACAUACAAAAGGGAGGAGUGAGAUAGAGCAGCAGAGGCUGAAGGACUUGGUAUUUGUACAUUGUAAUCUGCAAUUGCAGGGAUUUGAUCCAGAAGGAGAAAAUGAUAUUGCAGAGGACGUUGUUGACGCGAUGGAUGAGUGGAUACUCGGAGAUAGGGCAAAUGUGGUGUCUGAAAACUCGCAAUGUACAUGGAUGGACAUGGAAUUGGGAAGCUACAAACGAAAGAGAGAAGUCAAGAAUGUGAAGGAGGAACCAGAAGAAUAGACAAUUUUAUUUACUUUGCAGUUCAAUACAACUAGAUUCUAAAUUUAGUUUUCAUGUUGAACUAAUUAGGAUAUGUUUUUAAUUAUCUCUGCUCCUUGAAUGGAAGGAUUGUUAUAUCAAAUUGUUAAAUUAUAUAUCAUGGUGUAAACAUAUCUUCAUUUCAAUAUUUCCUUCUUACUAGUUUACUACUAAUUGAAAGUAUUCCAUUACAAGUGGCUAUCUGACUUUUAUAGGCAGCCAAGAUGUAGUUGAAUUAGCUUGAAAUUUUUGUGUCAUUGUCUAGGUGGAAGUUCAUUUUUCGUAUAUCAAUAUGAUGAAAAAAUAUAUUAUAUAAUAUUAGUUAAAGUUCUUAUAGUAUGAGUGAAAACAUCAUGUGUUUUUUCUUUCAUUUAAAUUCUCUUUAUUAAGUCAUAUCAAAUUCCGAGUGACUUGAACCUGAUCAUAUGAUGUAAGUUUCCCCUAAUUUAUUUGAUGAAGUAAAAAGAGAGAAAUUUUCGUAUAUAGUCACUAUAAUAAACUCAAUUAUGCUUUAUAGCUAUAGUUUAUCGUUUCUCCAUAGUUUUUCUUU